CAAGAGAACAUGCAUAGCUCACAGUUGCCGGCACAAAAAUUACCGCUUACCAAGGGCGUCACUGUCAAUGGGCUGGCAAAGCGUUUGUCAAUGGAACGCUUUUCUCCACCACCACCACUGUCUGGUCCGGCUUUUUCAUACAUACGCCCGAAUGAGGGAAUCAUGUAUGCACAGUUGGAUCACAAUGAAGAACAAAACCAACGUCGCCAGUCACUACAUUCACCCAUCCGAGACCUGCGUACGCCGCAGCGAGAGUACCGUUCACCAGCUCGUGAUAUUAGGGAUCUACGUUCACCGGAACGCGAUCUCCUUAUGUCUGAUAUGGUGCUGGGUCGACAGUCAGUUGAUCGAACUGACUUUUCUGCUAGUCAAAACAUCUUAAAAAAUGCCAGCUAUAACACCAACUCCCAUAACCGUCGAAUUGGAAAUAGCAAUGGCAGUCGCAUUAUAAUUGAACCAUCACCACGCGCGCAUGAUGCGUAUGGAUCGCAAGCCGCCGCGGUCGGGCCCACUACCAUACGCAUCACCAAUUCGCACUCACCUUCCCCAUGGCAGCAACUUAGUCCUCGUAACUUAAGCGAUGAGGAUGAGGGAUUAGGUACGGAAACCCGGAAAUAUUACGAGGAUGAAGCGCUGCCUAUUACAAAGUCUCGCGGUAGUAAGUCCCCUGCUGAGCCGCCAAUUGUUCCAGUCAUUCGCAGCAUCACUCCUACCCGCGAGAACGGUUAUGAUGCUUGUGCCUAUCAGUCGGCUUUGCGCGAUGAACCUAUGGAUGAUAUUGGCUAUCGCCGGGCCCGACUUGAGUCACGAAUUUUGACACGCCGUUUCGGUGAGUCGGCAACAUUAGAUCGCAAUAUAUCUAAUCGCAUUAAAGGCAUGUCACCUGAACGCAAUGGAUAUCACCGCGACACUGGAGCCUCGCCAGAACGCAACAGAGAAGUGCGCGAAGAGUCAACGCAGCAUCGCUACCUCAGCCCGGAACGCGAGAGAGAAUCAUACGAACCGCGUUUUCACAAAAUGGAAACCUCUGAGAUACUAAAUAAAUACUCACCAGAACGCUCACACUUAGAUAUUAUUGCGCCAACAGCGGCGCCAGUUACAACGCCACCGAUAGAAAGAACUUCUAGAUAUAAGCACACUAAAUACUACGAUGAUGAACGUGGGGGUAUAAAAGAGGUGUAUGAGCGGGAGACACAUUUGGAUGUACACGGGAAACCACAUGUGCGCGAGACACGACAUUGUGAGAGAAUGGAUGGCUCAUUGGAGCGCCAACAACUGAAUGACUAUGAGCCCAAGAGUUUGGAUUCACAGCUAACGAGCACUGAUCAAUAUCGCUCCUCGCCCGAGAACAUGAAGCGUUAUGAGAUAAGUUUGGCACACCCCCAUGACAUGCAUAGCAGCAGUCUGAAGCGGGAUAAGCUGCAACAGCGAAGCUUCGACAAAGGGGACUCUGGUAUUGAGAAUGACUUUCGAAAAGAAUCCUUCAAUGGAGAGCUAACAUCAAGAUGGCGCAAGCGGACCACUGCAGAUGAUAUAAAAGCUUGCGAAUCAUUUCUUCGGAAGGAACGGCGUCACAUCGAGCAGCUGCAUGUAACACGACGCAAGGAUAGUUACGUCUAUCGAGAAAGAUCCAUCGACGACGGCUCACACUAUGAUCCGCAUCUGGACAAGUAUCCAGUUGCAAAUAACACGCUUCGACGGAAGGAUCAACAGUCGCAGACUGCCGGAUCCGAGACGAUAAAACGCAAUAAGAAGCUCGGCGGUUUCGAAAAAGUUAAACAGCUUUUUACAGGCGUAAGUGCUGGCGGUGGAAGCGGCAGCGGAAGCGAGGGUGGCAAAUCUGGCAAAAAAGAUGGCGAGAGACAAACGCGCGGUAAUAGCAGCAUCACUACGGUGACGACGAACAGCAGUUCGCCAACCACUCGAGGAACGGGAAUAUCCAAAGACAAAGACAAUAGUGGAGGAGAGAAAGAACGUGACCGCUACAUGGUAAAAGAAGAAGAGAUGCGUUCGCGUUACAGUGAGCAUCACGGAGCUGGCGGAACGAACACAGCGGCAAUGCCGCGUGAUAAUGGGUUCCGCGAACCAAAGGCUACGGAUAUCUCAAUGCGUCGGCGUCUGUCUACACCCAAAGCUAGUCCAUUGUUGCUAAAACGUACCUCGUCCGAUAAGCCGAAAAAGGAAUCACCACUUGCGAAACCUGAAAAAGUCAGCUGGUUCAAGUCGUUGGAUAGGCGUUCGAAGAGCAAAUCAAAGGAAAAGCUCGACGUUUCGGUUAAUGGCCAAAGCGAAUCCUCCACUAUGAAGCGUACUAAAAAUUCUGGAAGAACUACCUCAGCGCCACCACCAAUUCCACCAAAAAAUUUGCGUUUCUUCGGUGAUACAGAUCUCGAUUCGAAUCCGCCAACCAUAACCAAAGCUAAUACCACUCUCAAAACAAGACCCUUAGUACCAUCCACACUUAACCGGACGCAAAAGUACUCGCAAAGCGCUUACCAUUUGGACCGCCUCAAUACCAACCCACAGCAAAACGAUUACCGUAGAACCCUCUCGUCCGCCACGCAGACGGUUGGUGUUGGUGGCUCGCGACUCAAAAGUUCUUCAAUGCAUAAUUUGGAAAAUGGCGGUGUGGGUGGCGAUGAAGUCGAUUUUCGUAAACGUCGGCACUACUCACGCUCACGUGAUUUAGAUGACAUCUCAGAGAGUGGCUCCGAAACCGAGGACCAAAAUAAGCGUCCAAAUGGCGGGGUGAGUGGGUCUCGCACCCUAUCACGCGAGCGCUUGGAUCGUUCACAUCGGUAUGACGACCACACCUAUCGACGCAGCAACGAUCGCCACAGCACACCUUUGGCCAUGACUACUUCUACGCCGAAUGGUAUUGCUGCAGGUGGAAAUGAAAGAGACAUGCGGAAAACUCAAAAUCAUCUGAUGGCGCCUCCGAAGCCUGCGCGCAGUGCCGAGCGUCGUGUGGCGUCUUCUUUAUCGAGAGAACGUGAUCACUUUCCGGCAGAGAGUUCGGGUACUGAAGGAGAGUCCAGUUUACAAAGUCAGCGCAGCGUUGUCUACCUGCACGCUACGACAGUUGGUGCCAUACCACAGCCAUAUCAUUUGAGACGUCGUUCCAUAUCCCGAGACGACCUUCGUUCGAACAAGGGGAAACCACAACCAUUACAGCCGAUGACACGCACUGUCUCUCGAUCGGUGUCGAUGUUGGCUCCAUGGAAGCCGAAACUAAUCAGCGAAGGAUACGAGAUCAACUACUCCCAAGAGCAAAAUAAACGAAUGGCAACGAUGCCUCGAAAGCCACACAUGGGUAGUUCAAGUACUCUCACACGUCCAAGCAAGAAAUCAGAAACGCCUACCGCUCGAACAUUGCGGCGGCAUGAUCACCUGAAAGACGAUCAGUCAUCGUUUAGGCACUCAUCCACUACAAGUGCCUCUAAGUCCGCACUUUCGUCGAAUUUACGCAGCGGCGAUGGACGAAGGAAGAUCAAAUAAACUAGUGUAAACUUGGCCCACAGAGAGAGUACUAGAGGGCGAUGGAAUUUUAACCAAACUAUAAUUGUUUAACUGCAGGAAAUAUUUUAGCAUUGCUUGCAUUCUAUGGAAUGUAAGGGGGUUAAAGAGAAAAAGCUCGCUAAGUGCGUCGACCGCAGAAACUGGUGCUCUUCAUAUAACAAAAGCAAGGCGCAUGUCAGAGAGCGAAAAAGCGUGAAACGGCCGUGCCAAAUAUACAUGCAUACGUGCACAGAUACAUAUGUAUUUACUAAAAAGACGCAUAAUUAUAUCCUUAUGGUAUAAGAUAAUCGAAAAGCCCUUUCUAAACCCUAAUCUUUAUGCUUAAUAACGAAAGCUUCACAGUCAGUGCGAAAGUUAAUUUCACACAAUUGUUCAUAUUAUACAUACAUAAAUAUUUAAGUAUAAAACUGAGACAUAAGCACUUCUCGUCAAUACUUAUAUGCCGUUAAAGUUUCAAAGUUCGAUAUGUAUCGGCGAAAGAAUGCAAAUGCGUUUAUCGAAUGUAUGUAUGUAUGUAUUAAUAUUUAGCUAAACAUCAAGCUAACUUAAUUAAUGAUUUAUUUAAAAUUUAAGUGCCAGUUAAAAUUAAAACAAGAAAAUAUAACUACUAAUAAGCAAAACGUAUCUACAUAUAUAAUACAAGCCUAAAACAUUUACAUAAUUCACAUUCCAUUUUUGGAGUAUUGUAAACUGUAAAAUUUUUCAAAAAUAAAGAGAGUAAUUAAAAAAAAAUAUUAAAAUAGUACGACG